CCUGGGGCUAUGUACGACACGUGGUACACUUCUUUACCUGGAACCACUUCGUCUAGUCAUGAAUCGACGACAUGGGAUGGAGAGCAAGCUCGGGGUUGGCGGCGGCACAGUUAGCAUAGAAGCUCAGAACAAUCUCGAUAGAGCCGAAGAUUUAUGCCGCAGGAAGAAACCAAAGAAAGCUUUGCCCUUCCUUCUCAAGGCUAUGGAGGAUGGAAACAAUUUGGAUGCUUUCGUUCAGGCUGCUUUCCUGUUUCCUCUACCGGAAGCGCUGAAGGCAUUGGAGAAUGCGGAGGCCAAGGGUAGAGAAGGCUUGAAACAGCUUUUGGGUGCGACCUGUUUCGAUGACGGCAGCAAGGAAGUUGGAAAAUUCCAUAGCAUACUCGAAACGCGCCCGUACAUGCGCGUCCUGCAGGCUCAAGUCCGACUUUACUUUGAAGCCAAACAGUUUGGUAAAUCUUCGGAUACUAUGAUUGAGAUGCUGCGUCUGUGCCCAGGAGAUAACAUGUCACAGCGAACAUGGCUCGGAUCUAUGCUCUUAUCUGCAGGCCGAACAGCCGAGGCCUUGUCAUUCGUAAAACAAUGGUUGGCCCAUAACCGGCGACAAACACCUCCACGCGGUGGGACCGUAUUUCAAACACCUUCCUCAGAUUGCCUAUCAUCCGAUCACGAGCAAGCGCUGUUGAAACGUGGCGAUGGAUCAAUGCUGCACACAGCAGCUUUGGCCUGCUUCAGAUUAUGGGGCGACUGCCCUGUCGCUCGACAGUACCUUCGGUUAGCUGCUCGUGCCAACCCGGUUAUCCUGACCAAAAUCCUGGCAAAAAUAGAUAAGCCUCGCAGCCUUAACAACAACCCUCGUGGAUUCAAUAGUCCCGAGGAGGCUCAGGAUUAUCUUUGGCUGACCCAGAACUUGUGGAUGGACCCGGUGGUAUGGGACUGGGCAAACAAUGAUAUGGACGCCAAGAAAGCACUACUGAAAAGUUGUUCAAAUGUUAACUGCAAUGCUGUUGAACAGGAUGUUACGCAGUUCAAGCGAUGUGCUGCAUGCAAAGAAGCGGUUUAUUGUACCCAGGAAUGCCAGAAGAGCCAUUGGAAAACCCACAAGCCCACAUGCAAGCAGCAAAAACAAAUUAAAGACAUGGUUCGCGCGUACCAGAAAGGCAAGCCGAUCCCGGAUGGCGCACAUAUGGCCUCUGCGGAUUUUGCUAAUGGCAUGUCCUUCAUUAAUUGGGCUUAGCCAUGUCACCGAAGAAAACGUCGGGUUUCGCAGGUCUCACCAGAAUCUAGCUGUGUGGUACUGAUCAUAUUGUACAUUAGACUUCAUAACAAUUAUCGUGCAUGAUGCAUACGAUAGUUACAUAUACCCAACAGAAAGUGCAAUAAAAGUAAGAGCACGGGAC